CCUUAAGCACCAGCACAUCAGUUCAGUUCCUUGGGUGCUUUGUGUGGGGCUGGGACUCUAGCUUGCUGCAUGGCAACUCCUGGGACACACUGAAUCUUUAAGGUCCCUGCCCAGGGUGUACCCACGGCGAUGUGGUGGCGGCUCUGUGUGUACAGCUUGGGGAUCCUCCUCCUGGCGCCAUGUUCUCUCUCUGAGAAGUUCUCCCUGGAUGGCUCCCCAAGCCCCAUGGUGGGGGUAGUUGGCCAGGAUGUGGUGUUACCUUGCCAGCUCUCACCCCCAGCCCGGCUGCCCAGCAUGGACGUGCUAUGGAGGAAAAUUGGAACAGAAUUCAUCCUGGUUCAUGAGUAUUUGGAUGAGGAUUCCCGGGAUCUGCCAGGGGAGAGUUACCAGAACCGGACGGAGCUGUUCCCGCAGGAGUUCAGCCGCGGGAACGUCUCCCUGAAGCUGAAACAGCUCCAAGAGGCAGAUGCUGGGACAUACCAUUGCUUUGUGAAGAACCCAGAAUGGAGCCAGGAAGCCACCACUGACCUCAGGAUUGCAGCUGUGGCUCCUGUGUUCAUUGAUGUGCUGGGCCACCGGGGUCAGGGGAUUGGGCUGGCCUGUAGAUCCACAGGCUGGUUCCCCAAACCCGAACUCCAGUGGGUAGGAAAGAACUGGCAGAACCUGGCGAUGGAGAUUGUGACCAAUAUGACUCAGGACAGGGAGAACCUGUAUAGUGUUGUGAGUCACGUCACUGUCACAGAAGGGGAAGACAAUGGAGACAUCAGCUGCAUAGUGCGGAAUGGCCUGCUGGAGAUCGAGCGACAAUCAGCAAUUCACCUCUCAGGUGACAUCUUCCCCCGGGUUUCUUCUUGGCUGGCUGCAUUCUGGGUAUUGUUCACUCUGGUUCUCAUUGCUGCUGGAGCUUGUGCAUAUCUUGGAUACACAGCGAAGCGAAAGGCCUCUAAGAAGAAACCCUCUAAAGAGGAGGCUCUGUUCAUUCAUGAGACUGAGAAGAAGACCUUGGAUGCAGAAUCUAAGGAGCUGCGUGAGAAGCUUGAAGUGCAGAGCAAGGCUUAUGAAUCAGAACGCCAGGAGCUGCAUGAGAUGCUUGAUGCUGAGAGGAAGGCCUUUGAAUCAGAACGUGGCAAGCUGCAUGAGACAAUUGCAUCUAAGGAGAAGAAGAACAAGGAACUGGAAUCAGAACGUGGCAAGCUGCAUGAGACAAUUGGUAAGUUCAUCCACCUCCGCAAUAGAUCCUCCAGCCACACACAGUGCUGA